AUGAAGAGAACUCAGGUAAACACUGUGACUCAUCCGGACAUUGGUUUUCAACAGUCCCUAAGUGUUUUACUUGAAGACUACAAAGAUGUAUUUGGAGAACCACAAUCCCUUCCCCUUUCCAGAAAUUGUGACCAUCAAAUUCCCUUAGCACCAAAUGCCAAACCCUUCAAGCUAGCACCUUAUAGGUACCCUUACAACCAAAAAAAUGAAAUAGAACGACAACUAAAUGACCUGCCUAUCAAAGAUACAUUUCCAAUACCUAUCAUUGAUGAUUUACUUGAUGAACUAUUUGGAGCUAAGAUUUUCUCAAAGAUUGAUCUAAGAGCUGGAUACCAUCAGAUCAGAAUGCUUCUUACUGACAUCCCAAAAACUGCCUUCAAAACUCACCUAGGAUUGUAUGAGUUCACUAUUAUGCCAUCUGGUCUUACCAAUGCACCUGCAACCUUUCAAAGCCUGAUGAACCAUGUUUUUGAACCUUACAUGAGGAAGUUUGUGUUAGUUUUCUUUGAUGACAUCCUUAUAUACAGUCCAGAUCCAGACACUCACCUUUUGCACCUCAAAACUAUCCUAGAAACACUCAAAGCUCACUCCCUAUUUGCCAAGCUUUCCAAAUGCAUCUUUGGACAGUCUCAAGUAGAAUAUUUGGGGCAUAUUAUCAAUGGAGAUGGAGUGCAGGCAGAUCCAUCAAAAAUUAAGAGCAUGGUGGAAUGGCCUACCCCUACAUCACUAAAGGCAUUGAGAGGAUUUUUGGGACUCACAGGGUACUACAGGAGGUUUGUGAGAGGAUAUGGACUCAUUGCCAAGCCACUCACUGAGUUAUUGAAGAAAGAAAACUUCCACUGGAAUGAACAAGCAGAGCUAUCCUUUCAAAAACUGAAGCGGCUGAUGAGUAGCACACCAGUCCUAACACUUCCUAACUUUUCCUUACCUUUUGUUCUGGAAACAGAUGCUAGUCAUAAGGCUAUUGGUGCAGUCCUAAUGCAACAAGGGAAACCUAUUUCCUAUCUCAGUCAAGCUCUGGGACCUAAGAAUUUGGGACUGUCCAUAUACGAGAAGGAGUUGCUGUCCCUUAUUACAGCUUACAAGAAAGGAAAGGAAAACCUAGUGGCUGAUGCACUGUCUAGAAGAGGUUAUGAAGAGGACAGCUUUACACACAGCAUCUCAGUCAUGAAACCUACAUGGCUGUCUAAAGUCUUGGAGAGUUACCAAGGGGAUGGUACUGUGACUAAGUUGACUGAAGGCCUAACUACUUCACCUGAUUCUCUCCCAAAUUACUCUUUUGCUGGGAAUUUACUCAGGCAACCUGGGGACCUAUCAAAGAUUAAAGUGACCAUUCUUCUGGCCAGGGAUAAAAAGAGAAGUGGAACAAUGAGUACAGCAGAGUUGUUUGGGAAGUUGGGCACGGAGCUGCACUACUCUACUGCUUACCAUCCCCAAACAGAUGAGCACACAGAAAGGUUGAACAGAUGUGUGGAGACAUAUUUGAGGUGCCUGUGUUUCCAUCAACCCCAUAAAUGGAAGUCCUUGUUAGCUGUUGUUGAAUGGUGGUACAACACCAACCACCACACAGCCUUAAAAAUGAGUCCCUUCCAGCCUCUGUAUGGAUAUCCACCAUCUCAACUAGGCACCAAUGCCUUGGAGACUCCAGUAGCUGCUAUGGAGCAAUGGCUAAGGGACAGAAGAAAAUGGAAUGAGCUGCUGAAGGGCAAUUUAAUCAAAGCACAGAAUCGAAUGAAGCAGUUUGCAGACAAGGAUAGGAGUGAAAGGAGUUUCCAAGUGGGAGAUUGGGUCUAUUUGAAACUGCAACCUUAUAGACAAUCGUCUGUGGCAGUCAGGAAGAAUCUGAAAUUAUCUUCAAAAUAUUAUGGACCCUACAAAGCUCUUCAAAAGGUGGGGAAUGUAGCCUAUAGGUUAGAAUUACCUGCUGGCUCCUUGAUUCACCCUACUUUCCAUGUCUCCUUACUCAAGCCUUCAACCAAGAAUCAUGAAGUGACUCAGGAACUGCCUUUGACUACUGUGGAUGGACAGGUUAAAAUUGCCCCUGAGAGUGUUAUUGCUACUCGUGAAAUCAUGAGGAAAAGACCGAAGGUAACUCAAGUGUUGAUCAAAUGGUUGAACCUAGGCACUGAAGACUCAACUUGGGAGGAUGUCACAGUGAUACAAUCACAAUUUCCAGAUUUCCAGCUCAAUCCUAGUGACUAG